UUUGUUUGGUGUUUUGAUGGAGCUCGCCUCGGAAAGUCGGAGAUUUCCCAAUUGAAGGAGGGAUUACGGUCUUGAUCGUCUACUCAGGAAAGGGUGCAGUUUCUGUCAAGAGUAAAACAUCGGAUGAUACCGCACCACGCCUACAUGUGAAUGGAAGCUUCCAUAUCUCCAGAGGGGGGAAACCAUUCCCAGAAGAGCCACUGCAAUCACACACACUAGCCGACGAUCUCCCACAAUCCUGGAUAAUUUGGUGGAACCUCAUCAGUCUUCACGAAACUGUGAGGAUAAAAUCCGAUUAUAGUCCUUAAAACGUCGCCGACGAAAACGGGGCUCGUCAAAAGGUGCUAUACAUUUUCUGUGAUUGGACGACACAUAUUUGCACGCUCCGUUGAAUUCUGUGCAAUCCAGGUCCGGUUUGAUUUUCGUUCCUCAGUUUUGCACCGGCCGUCAUGACAUUAACAGCGGUGUGCUAGACGGUAGAUGCUCACAGAUUGACUUGUUCGCCAUAUGAAAUUGGGGAUGUGUUUUUGUGCGACGGCAUCUAAACGGGAAGAAAAAAGUGUUUGUCAACUUGCGGAUCAAAAGAUCCUGAGGCAGCGUACGGUGGAUUCAAUCUGAGUUAGAACGCGACUAAAAAAAAAAUUUGCUGAAUUGCUGAACUGAAGGCAAUCUUUUGCAAGUUGUUGCUGAGCUUUUUUGAGACAUUGCUUUGCUGUGCGCUGCAGGUCCGUUUCAACUAUCAUCUUCGAAAUACAGCUGUGUGUGAAAGACUUUUUGAAAGUGGACGCAUUUAUUGCACGUUGACAAUUUGUGCACUGGACUUGUUUUUGGUAGCUUACAUGGUGACCGGUGCUAGGUGACCGGUGCUAGCGGGGCACCGACUGCGAUUAAAGGUCCCUUUUUGCCAUUGAGUUACAAAAAACCCAGUUACUUCGUCCGUGAGCUCGGAAUCAGUGUUUGUAAAUCUAUAAACUGGAAACUUAAGAUUCUCUGGAUUCGUCCUUUGGAAAGGGAAAACUGUUUCGUCAGUUCGUCACCAUGACGUCAACCAGUCCUUGGUCCUCGUCGGUCAAGUACAGCCGGCUGCCCAAGUCGGAAUGGGACUCCGCGUCGCAGGACAGCGCGGCCAUCGACUUCAGCUCGCCGUUCAACUUCGAGUCGGCAUUCACCUACAGCAAGGUCAUGCCACCGUACGUAGAGGAAGAAAGAAAGUACACCCCUUCACUAUUGACUCGCAUCUGUACGUCGGUGGUUGUUUUUCUUGGUUAUGCCCUGGUUUUCCUAACGUUUCCUAUAUCGGGAUUCUUAGCAAUCAAGAUGGUCCAACAGUUCGAGAGGAUAGUGGUCUUCAGACUUGGAAGACUGCAACAACCAAAGGGACCAGGCCUGGUGAUAGUUCUGCCGUUCAUCGACAAGUGGCGUCGGGUUGACAUGAGAACCAGAGCCUUCAACGUGCCCCCACAGCAGUUCAUCACAGCGGACGGCGCAGCCAUCUCCAUCGGCGCCACCGUCUACUUCCGCACCAAGGACGUCUCCCUUUCCAUUGCCAGCGUCCAGGACCUGAACCACUCCACCCGCAUGCUGGCCCAGACCAUCCUACUCAACACACUGACGCCGCGUUCUCUCAAGUCCAUCGAGAAUGACAUGAACGUGAUGAACCAACUGAUACGGGAGGAGAUGAACACUACGACUAACAACUGGGGAGUGGAAGUCAGCAAGGUGGAACUGUCGCAAGUGACCGUCGUCCAGGAAGCAGUGGACGGGGUCAGUCUGGACAAACUGGGCACAAUCUUCAGUCAGCUCAUCUCCGGCCAGCACUCACCCAUGCCCAACCUAGCCCACAUGUCGACCCCGCCUAGUGCCCUCAUGACAGCAUUGUUACCCCCUUCCCAACCCCGCCCUUCACCCCCGAGGGGCGCGACCCAGACCCCCAUGGUCACGCCCCAGGAGCUCCUCUCGUCCGUCAAGCCAUUUCUGAACGAGGCGCUCGUGGCAGACGUCGGGGCCGUCUACAAGUUUGUGGUGACUGGAAGCAACGGGGGCACGUUCUUCCUGGAUUUGAAGAACGGGUCUGGGGACGCAGGCUCGGGCGAGCCACCAGACACACCCGAUGUUACUCUCACCACUACGACCUUUGACCUACACGCCAUGUUCACGGGCCAGCUCCGACCCUACGCCGCCUACAUGGCAAGCAAACUGACGGUAGAGGGCGACAGAGGAGUCGCCAUGAAGCUAGACACCGUCAUGCAGCAGCUGCGGGAAGCACGCUGUUAGUUGGACGAUCUUUGACUUUUUGACGGUGAGGGUUAUCUUCCACACAAGACUGUGGGCUCCGUGGCGAACAACAGAGGGCGCUUUUUGAUCACUUUUGCGAACCAAGUGGAUGGGACACACUGUGGGACACACCAACUCUUGUUUUGCUUUACUCUCGAGGACAUUGCUUUGUGUUUCCCUUUGUCCCUGUAAUAUAACACUCUCCCAUAGACUAAGCACACAAACUUACUACAGAGGACCAUUUCCAACAAAAGACUAAACUCCCGAGGACUGAAAGGAUGUUGUUCUCCUUUUGUGUGUCGGUCCUCAGGGGUUAUAUAUGUAGAACACGUACGUACUGGUUUGCGCAUGUAUUGUGCGAAUUACGCCUGAUGCUCACCCUUCUUCGUGUACUCCAUUGCACUUAAGAUGGUGGCUGUGUGGCCUAUAUUUACGGAGGUAGUCCACUAAAUCGGUCACAUUUAUGGGGCUAUUAAGCACUGUGAAAUGGGCCUAGGAGGUUGUAGGUUUGAGUCUCACGGCUUGCAUACUUUUUCACAAGCGCUUGAAAUCUUACCAUAAAAUUUCCUUGAAUUUCAGUGAAUGUCAAAUUGUGUCUGCUUGACAAUAAGCCAUUUGCAAGUAACCUAUAUACCCUUUGGGAUUUACAUUUGAAAAACAUCUGGUAGGCCUACACUGACUUACUUGAAUUCUCCAGACCAAAGACACUGUUGCUAAUCACAUGAUUCGGGGCAAGCUCUUGCAUAGUUGCGUAAGAGACGCUCAGCACCAAUACAUUGUUCACAAUGGGUGAGAAUGGCAAAAAGACACCACACCAUUCCGGAGCCGGAGGUUGCUAGCAUAAGGCUUGCCUUGAAUCACGUGAUAUAGGAACAGUCUCUUUGGUUGGGAAAAUGCGAAGUUAAAACGUGCAAAGCAUUGGAUUAAGUCAGCGUUCCAGAUUUUAUUCAAAUGUAGCUCGCAAUUUAAAGCAAUUCAAUCCCCUUUACAUGUAUAUGUAUGCAGAUUUACUCGCAACGUGUUACAUUUAAUGUGUUGGUCAAGCUACAGAAACCUUGCAUCUUGUAAAUAUUUCGAUACACGCGAAUCAUGUACUUUGUGUGUAUUGUGUAUCCUAAUAAACAUGUAAUGAAAAGAAAUAGAAAUACUAAAAAUGCAAUAAUUACAUGUAAGUAGUUUAUGUCGUGGAGAAUUCGAAUUGUAUUGUAAAUUGUCAUGAACACGGAAACAAAAAUUUAAAAAUAAAAAAUAAGAAAUACUACAUCAAAAA